AUGGGCUUGGAUUUCUCUGUGGUCACUACCUUGGAGCCCGAUGAAAACGAUCCUACAGCAUACAAGACCCGGGCAGAAUACGUAGCAGACACAGCUUAUAUGAAAGCAAAAGAAGUAUUCGAAAGAUGUCAGGAAGAUUCUGAGCUACCCACUGCAGACAUUGUUAUCGGUGCCGAUACUAUAGUUGUCAAGGAUGAAUGUGUAUUGGAGAAACCCAGAGAUAAAGAGCAUGCAUUAGCAAUGCUCCAACAGUUGAAUGGGCAGAGUCAUUACGUCUUGACUGGCGUUCAAAUCAUGUACAAGAUCAAUGAUACAGUUGAAAGGAUCGAGUUCGUUGAACGAACGCAAGUGCAAUUCAGUCAAAUGGAUCUUGAGAUUAUACAGGCCUAUGUUGAUUCAGGUGAGCCAUUUGAUAAGGCAGGUGGAUAUGGUAUUCAGGGUCAGGCAUCAUUAUUUGUCGAAUCGAUCCAUGGAGACUACUGGAAUGUGGUUGGCUUGCCCAAGAAUCACUUGUUCAGAGAGUUGAUCAAAUUGAGUCUGCGUUUGUAA